AAGCUGGCUUAGCAGGCAGCUUAGAACAAAAAAAUUGUCUCCGUGGUCCAUUGGCUAACAUCAAGACGCUUCUCCUGCAGCACAUUUGGUGAUUUCCAAAAUGAAAAUGAAAUCGUUCCUUUUAAACAGGAAAUAAUCUAGGCAUUUUGGCAUGCUUUUUGGGGUGUUGGUAGAAAAUAAUCCUAACCUUUUAUGAAAGGCAAUUAGAUGUGACGCCAGAGCCUCUCCAAGAAGAAAAUCUCCCUGGAUGUUUAACACAUCCAGGACAGUUGACACUUCUAAAAAGGGAUUUUGUUCUUUUCCCUUUGCCUUAAAAGAAAGGACAGAAUUAUGUGUGACUUUUCUUGGAAAAUCUAUUUAGGGAUGUGUUUACUAGUGCUGUUUGAAGGAGAUUUUCAAGCAUUUGCAGAUGUGACCCAAUUACCUGCAGAAGAUAUAGACAUGAAGGAACCUACACCAGAUCUUCCACCUAAUGGCUGGCGAUCAGUUAGAAGCCACCCCCAGUUUCUCGAUUCUAGGCAUCUCCUUGAUUUCAGGGAAUCUGAGAAAUUAAGCAAGCGCAUGCGCUUUCGAAGAAAAAGAUCAAUUUUCUUUCCUACUGGAGUUAAAAUAUGUCCAGAUGAGUCUAUGGAACAGGCUCUUGUCAACCAUUUGAAAUAUUUCAAACUCAGAGUGUGUCAGGAGGCAGUCUGGGAAGUCUUCAAAACUUUCUGGGAUAGGCUUCCAGGACAUGAAGAAUACCAAAAGUGGCUGAAUCUGUGUGAGGAGGGAACAAUGAGUAUAUUUGAGAUGGGCUCCAACUUCAGUCAGUCAGAGGAACAUCAAAACCUCUUAUUGAAGAAACUAUCCUAUGCUAAAGAAGCAAUGGGUGGUUCCUGCAGUGAUUGGUCCUGUGGUUUUGGGAUGCCAACACCUUCUCCACCUGGUGAUGCUACCACAUUAAGAGAUGCAGCUGCUAAUGUUCCACCACCAGAUGUAGUGUCAGUUGAGAGUCCUUCAGACAUUACCACUGAAAAGAUUGAAUAUUUUGAAAUCAAUAAUGAGAUAAAGCGAGAUGAUGAAAAACUGGUGAAACCAUCACCUGAACAGAUGGUCGAGUUCAGCAUACUUCUUCCAGAGGAGAAAUACACCGAUGAGCUGAGUGACCCCUUUACAGAAGAGUACCAGCAACUCUCACUACAAUUUGUUUCUGAAAUUCAAAAUGCAUAUGAAGGUCUGCCUGGAUACAAGAAUAUUCAUGUAAAUGAAUUCAGGCCUUCUCAGGAUGACAGUGGCAUGGAAGUUCUAUAUACAGUGGUUUUUGAUGGGGAAGCUAUCAGCAAUGCCACCUGGGACCUCAUCAAUCUUCAGUCCAACAAAGUGGAGGACAACGCCUUUUUAGAGAUUGAAGAUAACCCAACUGUUGUUUACACAGUCAGUGACUUCAGGCAUUAUAUUGCUGAAAUCCUCCACAAGAACACUUUGCUUGAGAAUGCUUCAUUGAACUUGGAUCCUGAUUCUCUCCAACUCAUUAAUGUAAGAGAAGUGGACUCAUCUGUGACUGAAACUCCAUCGCGAAUCACGACUAAGCCUAUUGAUUACGAUCAUGCUGUGGUAUCUGAAUGGCCCUCUGCAGAUGAGUCAACUGUAAGCAACAUCCUGCCACUUGAUUUCACCAGACCAGGUUUUGUCUAUGAUACGGAACAAUUCAAUGGCAAUGAAAUCUGGCUAAGACCAGAUGGUUCUGUGAGCCCUGAAAGUAACCUGAGUUCAACACCAAAGCCUACUUUACAUUCAAAAGAUGGCACCACAAUUUCUCCAGAUGAUUUACUUUUUGAGGAUGAAGAACAGACAUUGCAUCUUGUCACACCAUCAGUAUUAGAGACUGACUCCCCUGUCAGCACGGAUGGCCUUUCUAAUUUGUCUUUGUCAGAACAUGGGUUUGAGGAUGUUGAUGAAUCAGAAGGUUUGCUUUUGCCUUCAAGUCCUACCAGUCACAUUGUGCCAAAAGAAAUCUCACCCACAAGUGAGUCUGUGGUUCCUUUCACUCCUAUGCCACCAAUGGCCUCUGUAUCAGCCAUAGAGGCUAGCACUGCUGAAGUGUUACCUACAAGUUUUGUAGAAGAGGAAACUCUACAACCUUACAUAUAUGUAGAGGAAGAAAAUAUUGAUGAUUAUGGUUCUGGUUCAGGAUUUGAACCACAAACAAACAUAUGGCCUUGGUAUACACCUACAUUGGAGACAGAUGGGUCGGGUAUGUAUGACUAUAAAGAUUCAAAUUUUAUAUUGGAUUCUUCAAAAGACUAUGUACCUGAGAACAUAGUAGAUGAAGUCAUCUCUCAGUCACCUUUUGAAAUAGAAGACAUCUCAGUAGAAAAUGUUCUUGCUACAUCUACCGAGAUGUAUAGCAUAGUGCAGUUGGAAGAUUCCACUGAGGAUCUACAAAUAAUAACAGAGCAUUCACCAACAGAUUCUCCUCCUGUAGCCAUUACAAUAAUACAGCCAGACAGCAGCUCUCCAAGAAUGGGACUUGAGAAACCAGAAAUAAUUUUAACAGCAAAACCUUCUGUGGAAAGUCCAGUAACUGACAAUUUUAUGACGGAACAUCAGAUGCCUGAUUCAACAGCUCAAGAAGUUUCCGGCUCAAUUGAUUUGAAACAUGUUGUUACUCCUCCUGUUUUUACUGAGGGUGCCACCAGUGAGCCUGCGGAUGAAUUUGCAACUUCAGUAAUGUCAACUGGUUUUGAAAUUUCAACUGUGGCUCCUUAUUUAAUAGAAGUAAUAACUGGUUCUAAAGACUUCACUGAAGAGUACAGUACAACCCACAUCACCAGUAUUGCUAGCAGCUUUGACAGUGAUGUACAUUCACCCACAACUAUAACUAUAACAGAGUAUUCUGUCCAUGUACUCUCUGAUGUGCCUACCACACAAUCAACUGUGUUUCAGCCUACAGUUAUCUCACCUAAAAUGGAUGAAGAGUUAUUCACAGAAGUAUUGGAUGUUACAGAACAAGGCCGCAUAGACACGACAUAUUACUCCCCAGAAAUGAACCAAGAAGGAAGAAGUAUGACAGACAGUCAUUUGGAGUUGUCUACAAGUGCCCAUUCUACAGAAAUGGCCAGUGUAGCUGGGGCUACUCACGAAAAUCUCAGCAAUGUUACUGUCCCUGCACGUGCUUUAGUGGUAUUCUUUAGCCUUCGAGUUACCAACAUGAUGUUUUCUGAGGACUUGUUUAAUAAAAAUUCCCCUGAAUAUAAAGCCCUGGAACAGAGAUUCUUAGAACUGCUUGUUCCUUAUCUACAGUCCAAUCUAACAGGCUUCCAGAAUCUAGAAAUCCUGAACUUCAGAAAUGGUAGUAUUGUAGUCAAUAGCCGAAUGAAGUUUGCAAGACCUGUUCCUCGCAAUGUGACAAAUGCUGUGUACCUGAUUCUGGAAGAUUUUUGCAACACUGCCUACCAGACCAUGAACCUGGCUAUUGAUAAGUACUCUCUUGAUGUAGAAUCAGGAGAACAAGCUGAUCCUUGCAAAUUCCAAGCAUGCAAUGAGUUCUCUGAAUGCCUGGUGAACCAGUGGAGUGGAGAAGCUGAAUGUGUUUGUUAUCCUGGAUAUCUAAGCAUUGAAGGAUUGCCAUGUAAUAGCAUUUGUGAUCUGCAACCAGACUUUUGUCAAAAUGAUGGCAAAUGUGACAUAAUUCCAGGGCAAGGGGCAAUAUGUAGAUGCCGUGUAGGUGAAAAUUGGUGGUACAGAGGAGAGCACUGUGAAGAGUAUGUCUCAGAGCCACUUGUUGUGGGUAUUGCAAUUGCUUCAGUGGCUGGCUUCCUUCUUGUAGCAUCUGCAGUCAUUUUCUUCCUAGCAAGAACCCUUCGAGAUCAGUACUCAAAGAGUGAAAUUGAAGACUCCUUGGCCCAAGGAGACAGCCUCUCAUCAAUUGAAAAUGCAGUAAAAUACAACCCAAUGUAUGAAAGUGAUGCCACUGGACAUAGCCAUUACUAUCGGAGAUAUCCCCAGCUUACUUCAUACAGCUCAACAAGCAAUGAAACAUCUACUGAGUACAGCAGUGAUGAGAUUAGACAUAUUUAUGAACACAGUGAGCUAACUAAAGAGGAGAUUCAGGACAGGAUACGAAUUAUAGAACUUUAUGCAAAAGAUCGGCAGUUUGCAGAGUUUGUAAGACAGCAUCAGAUGAGUUUGAAAGCUGUCAGAAACCCAAAUCCUACAAGUUAGUCCUUCUUGAACUCUACAAAUCCAACAAGGAAGGUGCUUUAAAAACUGGAUCCAGUAGAAAGAUUGCAGGAGACCAUGAUGGACAGUAUUACUACAAGGAGGAUAUGCUGAUCUUGCUGCAAAGUUAGAGUAUUUUCUGUGCAGUGUGUGGAUCUUAAUUGCUCGUGAAUGGAUUCUCCUUUCCUCUGAAUGGAUAACUAUGGAAAGCUAUGUAACAUUGAACUUUAUGAAUGCAAUUGAACAUUGUGAAAGACAACCAGGAGCUCCAAAGAUCAUUAAAGUCAGUUUCACAUACUUGUCACAAAGGACAAUUUUUUAAAACAAUUAAAUAAAAACGGAAUGUUCCACAGUUAUUUUGUUCUUUUCCUGUGGAGAGAGUUUUCAUUCUUCUUUUUUAUAUAUAAAUAAAAUUUAAAAAUAUGGAUUGAUAUCCGAUGAUCCCUACUUUGGAUGGCCUUUUUGCUGUUGGUAGGGAUAUCAAUGCUGGAUUGCAUGUGACAAGUUUAGAUACUUGUUUUCUGUGCAAGCAAUCUUUGAGGAAAUGAUUUGGUCCAUUAGUAAGUAAAAAUAAACCCAGAUGUUAAGUUAUUUAGUUGUCUUGUGCGUAACGUAGACUUAACUUCUCUUGCCAAUAAAAUAAAAUAAGAUAAAUUUUCCAAAAUAAAAUAUUUUCCAAGGAACAUGUUAAGGUUGGAAUUAACCGUACUUCCUUCUGACUGCAUGUGUAUAGAAUUCCACUGUAGAAAGGGAAUUUCUUAUUGCUAUGAUCCUUACACUUUUGUAGCUUUCCUACUGUUGCCUUUCAUUUUAUACCUAAGUUCGAGAAAUUGGAUCAAACCAUUUAGGACAUUAUCCUCUCCACCAGAAAAAAUAGCAGAAUGACAGGCUAUUAGUUUUGUACAUAUAUCACAGAUGCCUGGAGGCAAGGACAGCAGAAUAUCCUGGAAUUAAUUAAAAGCUUUUCUCUCUAAACUAACAAGAGUUUAACUUGUUGGAUGUUGAAUUAAAGACAUGAGAGUUAAAAAUUAGAUAUUAACUUAGUGUAUGUAUUGUAUAUUUCUAUUUUCCCCCAGUUACUGGCUCUUUUCAGAAUAGUUUAGUAUAUGUCAUAGCCAGAUAUUAUUCAACUUCUUAAUUCUUUAGGACUGCUAUGAAGGUUUCCCCUCAAGCUUUGUGUAUGUUCUGUCCUUCUUGAGUGAAAUGGUUUUGAAACGAAUGCAAAAACUUAUUACUUUUCUCAGCAAAGUACAUACUAAUUUUUCUGGAUAGAAAAAAAUAUAUAUAUUAUGGACUUGUGACAGAGAACCAUGUAGUUUUAUUAUAUGCAACAAAUAGAGAACCCAGCGGAUAUAAUAGGUGAAGCAUGUACUUACGUGAACUCACAUAGACUUUUUGUUUGGUAAAUCACUUCUGUAAAGUAGCUGGCAUUACAAUAUGAUGCCAUGUGGCAUGGAAGGGUAAGGAAAAGUAAUUCUGCUAAAGAUAAAAGUGGCUCAAAUCCAGCACAGUUACUCUUUAAAAAAAAUAGUACUGUAGAUAUGCUCCUUGUUCAGGAAUCAAGGCACAUUCAAAGCUUUUACUCAAACCAAUGUGGGUGGUUCCCUCCCCACACUUGAAAUAGCUUCUGUUUUGUGAUUAUUGUUCUGUUACUCCAUCCCACAGCCUUAAAAUUAUGAUGUUUGCAAGUCUGGGCUUCCCAAAGCCAUUACAAUGCAUUUGAACAAUUGAGGAAUUCCUCAAAACUUAUUGAGCAACAAAUGGAAGGAAGACUACUCCAAUGUCCUUUAGGAAUUUGCAGCUAGAGGUACGUCCUAGGACAGCAUUCCCCAACUAGUACCACUUAAAAUAAGUUGGAUUACAGCACUUAUCAACCUUUGCCCACACCACCAAUGGUUUUGAUACCAGGAAUGGCAGGUGCUUUAAUUCAGCACAUCUGGACAUCACUUGGGGAACUCUGUCCUAAGAUAUGGUUCUGAAAUGUAUUAAUGGUAAUAAUGGUGCAUGAGAAAUUACUCAUAUCUUCAUGUUUCUUGCUUGCCUUUGUACUCUACCAAAAAUCUGCCAUUUAGGACUGGUCUGCACUGUUGCUUUACAGCACACAAAUCUUCAAUUGGGGUGAAUUAGAAGUGCCUUUCCCCUGCACAACUGGACUUCAGGCACUGAGCAAUCUUAUCUUUAAAAUCACUCCAAUUUAAAGAGUCCCCCCCCCAAAGUACCACAUCAGUAUUUGGCUCAGCAAAACACAACAGUAAAGGUUCUCAUAGUAGGGUGAAAAUGAAAGUACUCUUUCAUUUAAUUCGCUCCUCAAUAUUGCUUGUCCACAAUGUCUACAACAUGCUAUUGUUAUGUAGCUGGUAUGUUUAUAAUUCUUGUAAUUUAUUUAUUGUUCUCCCUCCCAUAGGGUCCCCUAUGUCUCUCACACACAUACAUAUGCAUUCUAGCCCUUGUAUCUCAAAGCGCAUCUCAGUUAUCCUAGUACAAUCUAGCAAAAAGAGAAAGGAAAAGAGAUAAUUCACAGAAAAACAGAACCUACUAAAUGUUCUGAUAGCAGUACAAACUAAAGCUGCAUAACAUGUAAGCUGGUAUAAUUUGCAGUGCAGACACAGCUUCAGAUAUACCAAUAGUUGUAGAGAUUGACCUUAAUCAUGAUAGCAGAUUUAAAACCUGCAAACAGAGAUGGAUUUAAAGUAAUGUAUCAAAUAGUGUGGGAGAUAUUUUGUAGUAUAGCUCAAAUCCCCAUAUUGUGUCCUAUGCAUUUUUCUCAACAAUAGUUUCUGAUUGCCUGAAUGCUAGCCUUGAACAGGUUCCAGUCAGACCAAAAUUACUAUUUCUAUGUGUAUAAAGGAAAUAUUUUUUUCGUAAUAUGUAUAAUAUCUGCUUAUUUUCACUGCAAUAAAACUUUUUUUGUUUCAAGAA